UAUCAUGGUUGAAGUUACCUCCCAAAAUUUUGAUGAGAAGCUUAUUGAAAUUGAUCAGGAUUUGCAAGAGGCUUCAUUCACCUGUCUGGACUUUGAAUUUUCUGGAUUGCACACAAAUAGGUGUCCUGAGAUAAGUUUAUUUGACACACCUCAAGAGCGUUAUUCUACUCUCAAAGAAAGUAUCAAAGACUUCACUGUUCUUCAAUGUGGAUUAAGCAUUUUUAGAUAUGAUAAGAUCUCUAGAAUUUACCAUUGCAAGACUUAUAACAUAUGGAUAUUCCCUCGUGCCAAUGAUUGGUUGAGUCGGCAGACACAGUUUGAGUCUGCAGCCUGUGAGUUCUUGAUGAGGUUUGACUUCGACUUCAACAAAUGCUUCAUGGGGGGAGUACCAUAUUUGAAUGAAGAGGAAAUUGUUGUCCUACAGGAAAAGUGUGACAGAAAGUCUGAAUAUGUCGGUGAUAUUGUAUUGAAUGAUGUCAAGGCGGCCUUUCGGAAAAGAAAACUUGAUAAGUUGACUAAUUGGGCUUCAGAGUCGAGAUAUGGUGAGGUGAUGGAAAUUGAUUGUAUGAGUGGUGGUAUGUGUGCUCUUCUUAUAUCAGAUAUACAUAAAAGUUUUGAUGAUCUUAUUGCUGAACAACCAAGAGGUGAGUCAUCACUAAUUGUUGUAAAAAAAGCUACAGCUGAAGAAAAAUCGAAACAGCCUCAAUUUCUCAAAGAAGCUGUCGAAAGAAAGUUCAAUCAAGCUAUCGGUUUCACACACAUCAUAAGGUUAAUUAAGAAACACAGAAAGCCUUUAAUUGGGCAUAAUGUUAUGAUGGACAUCUUGUACGUUUACGAGAAAUUCCAUAGCCCUCUUCCUGAAUCCUUUGCACACUUUAAACACACCAUGCUCACUGAAUUUCCUGUGAUUUAUGAUACUAGACACAUUAUCAGUAACAUGAAGGUUGAAUUGAGAAAGGAUGGAAAACACAAGGAAUUAUUUAGGGGAACUUCCUUGCUAUCUCUGUAUGAAGAAUGUAGGCGUGAAAAUGUCAAAGGCUUGCUUUAUCAACCACAAAUAUUUGAUAACCUGGGAGAGGAAUGUGGUAUGAGGGAACACGAUGCUGGAUAUGAUUCUUGUUUGGUUGGACACGUUUUCUUAAGACUGGCUCAUUUUUAUACUCUGUGGAAAAAUAACUCUCCAAGUAUAAAACCAUUUCAUUUUCAAGAUUAUGUCAGGGAAUUCUCAAAGUUUGAAAAUUGUCUGAAUUUGAUCCGGAGUGCUCUGUCUCACAUCUGCAUAUCAAAUGAAGACCCAGAAAACAAAAGACCACAAUGGAUAUUGGUCACAGAGAGAAAGAAGGCACAGAUUGAUACUCAACAUGUUAAGAUUGUGUUCAGUGCAUUUGGAGAUGUCAGUGUCAGGGAAGUCAGUCACUGUUCCUGUCUUGUUGCAAUGCCGUCUAUUGGCAUGGCAGCUGGACUUCUUGUUGCCAUGGAUACUCAUGAGAAGUAUAAAGUGGAGAGGUAUAAUCCUGAUGAUAGUUGGGUCAACAAAACAUUAGGAUUAGCUCUGAUUGGGUCUUUAGGGGUAGUUGUUGGAUGUUUAAUCUGGAAGAGUAGUAUUUUCAAAUAGUUUUAGUCGCUCAAAUUUGAUUAUAUAAUAGUAGUUAAAUUUUAAUACCUUAUUUAAUGUUGUUUUUGAAGGGUUAUAAUCUUGUUUCAU